AUGUCCAAGAGCCAAAAGAGCGAAAAGGACUCAAAACACUCGCUAAAGCUUCCGACCACAGUUCGUCGCCUGUCGUCCGCUUCGCCCGCUCCUUCGGGGUCCCAAUCCGCCACACCUGCCGCUCAACUCCGAGUAAAGGUCGAUCGUCCGUCGCCGUCUGCUUCUGCAAAGACUCCGCUGUUGCGCACAUCUUCGACUGCUCUACGUAGUCAGGCAACUACCCGUUCCGUCCAAGCUAAAUAUAGCAAAACCCGUGCGAUGGCUCUCAGCAAUUUCGUCGCCGUCUCUGACAGACUGGUGCAUUUCGAGAGUCGGGUCAGAGGGCCUGCAGCCGAAGACGACAAUGUACACACGUACGAAAUCCGUCGUGACCGGCUGCAAGUCCUCUGGGACAACGUCGAAGCCGCUUAUUCCACAUGUGCUGAUGCACUGCAUCAAGACGGCGACAGUGAAGGCACACAGGCGAUGGAGGCAAAAUACGAUCACUGCUAUGCAGUGUACGAGCGGUGUCUCGCCCGUGUUAAGGGGCAAAUUACCCAGGUUUCCGGGUCCAGCAGGAGUGAAGCAUCCGUUCCUCCUGUAUACUCCAGUGGCUGCCGGCUCCCUCCAGUCGACACCGAAGUUUUCCGUGGGGAUUACUUGCGGUGGCCGACUUUCCGUGACCUUUUCACGGCCAUCUAUGUCAACAAUCCAAGGUUGACUCCGGUCGAGAAACUUUUCCAUCUGAAUUCGAAGACCGCAGAUGAGGCCAAUGAAAUAGUAGCCAAAUUUCCGCUGACGAACGAUGGUUUCGCGUCGGCUUGGGGUGCUCUCUGCGAACGUUUUGAGAACAAGCGCUUGUUAAUAACAAGCCAGUUGAAGAUCCUGUUUAACCUGUCCACGGUUACCCAAGAGUCGGGAGCAGCUAUCAAGGAGCUGCAGAGCACGAUUCAGCGUUGCUUGACCGCUCUUGAGCAUUCAGACAUUUCCCUCACACUCUCGUUGUGGGAGCAAUCGUUGGUGGACAAAGCGAAAAUUCCCGCAUGGCAGGAUAUGAGCACGUUCCUCAAUGAGCGCUACCGUACGCUCGAAGCGAUUGAGGACGUAAAACAGACUGCCAAUUCACAGAUCGCGACUGCAGGACCAUCCCGUCCGCAGAAUUCGAAGCGAGUCAACUCCUUUGAGGCCCGAGUCACUCCGAAAGGCAAAUCGUGUGACUUGUGCUCAAAGGAGAAUCACCCUGUCCGGGUGUGUCCGCGUUUUUUGCAAAUGUCGGUCAACGAGAGGAUGACAUACAUCAAACAGAAAAGUCUCUGUUUGAACUGUUUCGCAAGAGGUCACCAACUCCGAGAGUGUACAAGUGCGCACAAUUGCUUUACUUGCAAAGGGCGGCACAACACUCUUCUCCAUCGGGGUGACAGUGCCCACAAUGGUGCCUCUUCAUCGUCCAACAUACAGUCCACUCCAAAUCCAACGGCAACAAAUGUGCAGAAUUUCUUUGCUAAUAAUGCUCAGAAUGUCCUUCUCGGCACGGCGGUCAUCAAUGUUUGCCACUUGGGCACUACAUAUACCGCACGUGCGUUAAUUGAUUCCGGGUCCGAAGCGACCUUCAUUUCUGAGCGUUUGUUCCAACGCAUUAAGUUGCCUUUCCAGUCCGUGCGAGCCCAGGUAUCCGGGCUAAAUCACGCAGUUGCGGCUCAAUCGCAGAAGUUAUGUCACUUCAGCAUUGGUUCUCCGACGAAGCCGAGGCUCCAUAUCGAGACUUCGGCAUUCGUAAUUCCACAGUUGGCAGGCAAACUGCCCUCCUUCGAUAUGCCGCGAACUUUCCUCAAGGAUCUACCAGCGAUAGAACUGGCAGAUCCACAUUUCUACAAGAGCGCUCAGAUCGAUGUACUAAUUGGCGCGGAUAUCCUUCCGUCGGUCAUCUUGAGCGGCUCCCGGCCAAACAUUUGUGGCUCACUCCUUGGGCAGGAAACCGUGUUUGGCUGGAUUCUUACCGGCCCCGUCUCCCAGAGUAUGUCGACAACUGUUUCUGCGUUUUCGACAAGAGUCGCCCUCCAAGCAGACGAACAGCUCGACAGCCUACUUUCCAAAUUUUGGGAGGUGGAGGAUAUUCCAGCGAAGCUGAUAAAGGAGUCAGACUUCGUUUGCGAAGAAAACUUCGUUAAGACUACUUCUCGUAGCACAUGUGGCAGAUAUCGGGUGACUCUUCCAUUCCGGAAGCCCGAUGGCAUUGAACUGGGUCAUUCCAGAUCUAUAGCGUUGGCUCAAUUCCUCAAGAACGAGAAUCGUUUGUCAAGAAACGAUUCUCUAAAGGAACAGUACAAUGCCGUUCUCCAGGAGUACGUGGACUUGGGUCAUAUGACACCCAUAUCGCUUCAGGCGAUUGGCACGACUCCUAAUUUCUACCUGCCUCACCACGCCGUGUUCAAACCGGAUAGCACCACAACGAAGGUGCGGGUCGUUUUCAACGCAUCUUGUCCAUCCUCAAAUGGCAAGAGUCUGAAUGAUAUCCUUCAUUCAGGGCCCAUUCUCCAAUCGGAUCUUACGAUGCAGAUCCUCCGAUGGCGAUACUAUCGAUAUGUGUUCAAUGCGGACAUAACGAAGAUGUAUCGCCAAAUCCUCAUGGACUCAAAGCACACACCGUUCCAACGAAUUCUGUUCCGCACGUCGGACGGUGAGAUCCGUGACUUUGAGUUGAACACAGUGACAUUCGGUGUCAACUGUGCGCCUUUCCUGGCUCUACGAGUCCUCCAGCAACUUGCUGAUGACAUACGCUUGGAGUAUCCUCUCGCAAGCCGAGUCAUCUCCAACAACAUGUACGUGGACGACGUCCUAGCGGGGACACACACGAAAGAAGAGGCCAUCCGGACCAUCGCGGAAGUGUGUGCAGCCCUGGACAGCGCUGGCUUCCCGCUGAGGAAGUGGACGUCGAACCAUAAGAGCGUGCUGAAGGACAUUCCAAAGGACCAUCUACUUCGAGAAGAUUUCCUCGAACUCGAAGAUUCCAGUACGGCGAAAACUCUGGGCAUCAGGUGGCAAGCUCACGAUGACGAGUUCUUCUUCAUGCCACCAGAAGUUGCCCAUCAGGACUCCUACACGAAGAGGGAAGUGCUUUCGCAAAUCGCUAAGCUUUUCGACCCAGCCGGGUGGCUGGCCCCUUUCGUUAUCCGAGCCAAGAUCUUCAUGCAGGAGAUCUGGCUGAGAACGUUCGAAUGGGACGAACAUUUACCCACGGAUCUUUCACUCCAAUGGAAGGAAUACCUCCAGAGCUAUCCUGCUCUGGGAAAGAUCCGGAUUCCAAGAUGGGUCCAAUUCCAGACGCGAGUGAAGCUCCAGUACCACGGAUUCUGUGAUGCGUCAGAACGGGCGUAUGGAGCAGCGAUCUAUGUCCGUGUGGAAACGGCGAACAAGGUUUCCACACAUCUCCUUACUGCGAAGACAAAGGUGGCUCCGGUCAAGUCUCUCUCAGUGCCACGUCUGGAGCUUUGUGGCGCAGUCCUGUUGGCUGAGUUAUCUGCAGCCCUCCUCCUGAAUCUGCCAGCAGAAAGUUUCCAGACUUUCUUUUGGACCGACUCAACAAUUGUUCUCGCCUGGUUGAACAAGCCACCCUGCCGAUGGACAACCUUUGUGGCCAAUCGAGUGGCCAAGAUUGUCCAAGCCAGCGACGCCAAGAACUGGUCGCAUGUGCGAUCCGAGCACAAUCCGGCAGAUCUGGCAAGCCGUGGUGUCCUGCCACAAGAAUUGGUUCGUAAUCCGUUGUGGUGGCAUGGACCAGAGUGGCUUCAUCUCCCGUCGGAUCAAUGGCCAACUUCUCCAAGUCCCAUUCCGGAGACUCUGCUGGAGCAGCGGAUUAAGUGCAACGUCGCUAAGUCACCUCCGACUCCCGACUUCCUGAGCAGGUUCUCUGAGUUUGGCAGGGCACUGCGCACGUCUGCCUAUGUUCUCCGAUUCAUCGAUAGGAGUCGGAAGUUGGCAAUUCCAAGCUCUAUCGUGGUCCAGGCGGAUGAGCUGUCACGGAUCCAAGAGCGGCUAAUCGUCAUGGUUCAACGACACACUUUUCCUCAGGAAUACCACUGUCUGCAGUCCAAGCAGCAGGUCCCUUCCUCAAGUUCAAUCCGAAACUUGAACCCUUUCCUCGAUGGCAAGGGGAUUCUACGGGCCUGUGGGCGUCUGAGGGCGUCCCACUCGCUGCGUUAUGAUGAGAGUCAUCCAAUAAUCCUCUCGUAUUCCUCGUCCUUUGCACGACUACUGGUUCGUUUCACCCAUCGUAUAUCCUUACAUGGGGGUAACCAAGUCGUCAUGCGGCUGAUCCGUUCCAGAUUCUGGAUACCAAAAUUGAAGGUCCUCGUUAAAUCCACCAUCAACUCCUGCAAGGUUUGCGUCAUCUACAAGAAGAGAUUGCAGACCCAAAUGAUGGGGGACUUGCCCAAGGAAAGGGCGUCCUACUCGAGACCUUUCACGCACACUGGAGUCGACUUCGCCGGCCCAUUCGAAAUAAAGAAUUACACUGGCCGAGCCUGCCUCAUCACCAAGGGGUAUGUCUGCGUCUUCGUGUGCUUCAGCACGAAGGCGAUCCACUUGGAGGCAACAUCGGAUCUCACGACGGAGAAAUUCCUGGCCGCAUUCUCCCCUGACAAGGUGAUCUCCAACGACUUCUUGGAAGCGACGAGGGAGUGCAUCAUCGCACAACACGCCCACAAGAGCCUAUCCUGGCACUUCAACCCGCCGGGCGCCCCGCAUAUGGGUGGAUUAUGGGAAGCCGGCGUAAAGAGUUUUAAGGCACUCUUUUACAAGGCGACAUCCACCUCGAAAUAUACGUUCGAAGAGUUGUCCACUCUUCUCGCUAAGAUCGAAGCAUGCCUGAAUUCGAGGCCGAUUUCCCCUAUGUCCGAGGAUCCUUCGGACUUACUAACGCUCACUCCUGGCCAUUUCCUCAUAGGUGGCCCUCUUAUUUCGGUGUUGGAACCUCCAAUUAACCAACCGGCCACCUCCAUCCUCAAUCGAUGGCAGCGACUGAAGGCUCUCCACCAACAAUUUUGUUUCCGUUGGAAAGAUGAGUACCUGAAGGAGCUGCACAAACGGACGAAAUGGCAAUCCCCUACUCGGAACCUUCGGAUCGGUGACAUGGUCGUCAUAAAAGAAGACAACCUCCCCUCGAACGAGUGGCGCCUAGGACGGGUGCUGACGACGUGUCCAGGCACCGAUGCCAAGGUCCGAGUUGUAGAUGUGCUCACGGCGCGGGGUACUAUCCGACGACCCGUUGCCAAACUUAUUUUACUCCCGAUGGACAGCAAGACUGACCCCUCCACGUCAGAAGGACUGAAGGACGAAUAA